GCAUCUUUCCAAUUUUUUUAAUUCUCGACAUUUCCUCCGAGUCCCGCCUCUUCUUAGGGCCCCGCCCCUUUAGUAUAAAUAGUCGGCGUCUUGAAAGCGUCCCGUCAGUCGCGCUUGCGGGGCUGGUGAGGUGCGGCAAGGCGGGAGAGAGGAAGAGCGAGCGCGCGCCUCUGUUUCUCUUCCCCCCCCCCCAUCAUCUCAAGUGAGGGAGCCGAGCCAAGGCUGGUGAGGGGCGGCGUUCCUGUGCGGGUGGUCGGCAUGGCGCUCUCGGUGCCGGUCAACGGCAUGAAGGAGGUGGGCGGCGGCAGCGGCAAGGAGCCCCUCAUAGAACUCUUCGUCAAGGCUGGCAGUGACGGCGAAAGCAUAGGCAACUGCCCCUUCUCUCAGAGGCUCUUCAUGAUACUCUGGCUCAAAGGAGUGGUAUUCAGCGUCACAACGGUUGACUUGAAAAGGAAGCCUGCAGACCUUCAGAACCUGGCUCCCGGAACACACCCGCCUUUCAUCACCUAUAAUAACGAAGUGAAAACUGAUGUGAACAAGAUUGAAGAGUUCCUUGAAGAAGUUCUUUGCCCACCCAAGUAUGUAAAGCUUUCAGUAAAACACCCAGAAUCCAACACUGCUGGGAUGGACAUCUUUGCUAAAUUUUCAGCGUUCAUCAAGAAUUCCAGACCUGAAGCCAAUGAAGCCUUAGAGAGGGGUCUUUUGAAGACUCUGCAGAAGCUGGAUGAGUACUUACUUAGCCCCCUCCCCGAUGAGAUUGACGAGAACAGCAUGGAGGACAUCCCUGUCUCUACACGCAAAUUCCUGGAUGGGAAUGAGAUGACGCUGGCAGACUGCAACCUGUUACCCAAGCUACAUAUCGUCAAAAUUGUGGCCAAAAAGUACCGCAACUUUGAUAUUCCCAAGUCUAUGACGGGCAUCUGGAGAUACCUGAAGAACGCCUAUAGCCGCGAUGAAUUCACCAACACCUGUCCUGGAGACAAAGAGAUUGAAAUCGCCUACAGCGACGUAGCUAAAAGACUCACUUAAAAAAAAAAAAGCAGUGUUUCACGUGUAUAAGGAAAAGCUUUUUUUAACAGACUGCUCUCUCUCUCUCUCUCUUUUUUUUUUUUUUUGGUCUUUUAAGAUAGCCAUUUACUUUGCAUGUAUCUUGCAGUUAAUUCAAGUGCUACACUGGGCAAACCAGGUACUGUCUCAUUUGUCUUUCUCUCUUUUGUUAAAUGCAAAUUUAUAUUACACGGCUUACUUGUUUUGCCUCCUUAAAAAGGGCAACUGCAGCCAUUAAUAGGACUGUGUAUAGCCAUUCUGGAAUCUGCCCCCCCUCCUCUUCCCAAAGUUAAGUGGUCUAGGAUUUUCUAUCCUAGUAAAUAGGUUCUGGAUUCAGAUUAGUACCAGAGCCGGUUCAUAUGGACAAAAGAACCAAGUAAUCAAGCUUUCUCCUGGAGUUCCCCCAGCAGAGGUGUAUACAUAAUGGAACACUAUUUCCACGUUAAACCCACACACAUAUGUACACCGUCUUAAUGGGGAAGCUGGUCCUGUCUGCCCGUUUCUAAAGGAGCAUUUUAUGUGCAGGGACUUACAACUCCCCACCCAUAGCUGUGGUGAUCCUGUCUAGGGAAGGCUUGAUGCCUUGAUCAUAUAUAUUAUCUUCAUAAACUCUCCUUUGGAUCUCAGAUUGAACCGGGGUUUCUUAAGUUGGUUUAAGGGGAUGGGCAUCAUAUUGUAUUUGGAAAAGAAGCUUAAUUUUCUUUUUUUAAAAAGCUAUACUGUUGGUCUGCCUGCACCAAAAGCUCUUCUAAAUUUGCUUGCAGAACUCUUGGGCAAAUUUUGGGUUAAGAUUAGGGCUAGUACAUUUGUCCAUCAGCUUGACAACAUUUUGGAACAAGGUCGAACACCAGGGUUGAUGCCUACUCAAAGUGGGUCUGGUGAGGAGGAGGAAGGUGAAUGGGAAAUACAUGUUCACCAUAUACAUUCUCACACAAGUCCAGUGUUUUGUUUUGAUUCCGGAUCAGUUGUUUCUCAAACAUGGCAACUUUUAAGAUGGGUGAACUUCAACUCCCAGCAUUCUGGGAGUUGAAGUCUACCUGUCUUAAAAGUUGCCAAGUUUGAAAAACUCUGCUCUGGAUGAUCAGCUUAGAAUCUGUUAGUCUUCUUUAGAAGCUUGGUAUCACUAUGAAUAAUGAAACAAAUUCCCAAGCUUUACUAGCAAGUGAUUUCUUUUUAGGGCAAUUAGGAACUUGUCAGAAUGCAGAAUUCAUUUCUUAAGUAACAGUCAAAGCUAGGCUGACUAGAAGUACAUAGGGGUGUCCAUAGGAAGGGUGAUCAGAAAAAUCAAGAUGGCGGCCACAAACAAGCCUGAUUCAAACCACCCCCUUUUAUAAAUGUAUUCUGAUGCAGAUUGAUUGAUUGUGGUAGCUAUCUUGAUUCCCUUGAACAGAUUCCCUUAUGCAGAUCUCCACAAAAAUACAGUAGCUUAAUGGCUGAGGUGCAUCCUUCAUGCUUUGCUAAGGUCAGAAUCUUGCUAAGUUCUACUGUUUUUAAUUUUCAGGCAAGUGUUCUUUAAAAAAAAUCAGUUAAUUUGCCUUAACAAAACAACCUGCAUAGUUCCCUUACUGUGAUUCUUCCUGUGAAGCAAGCCAAGUGCCUUUUCCCGCCCUUUUAUUAUGGUCUUACAUUGGGAUUUAUCUGUCUCCUACCUCUGUAUAUUUUUUUUCAUAAAUGCUAUUAAGUUUCAUUAUAAGAUUAAAAAUAUAGGAAAAAAAGUUAGAAAAAUAAGAGAAAGAAAGAUAAGAGAGCAACUCCUUACCUCUUUACCUGAUCCAUAAUUUUUCAUGCUGCAAUCACAAUAUAUAAAAAGGUCAGUUGUGUUUUUUCCACUUAUAACAGCAUCAAGGAAUCAUGCUGUAAUUUAAUUUCAAAAGACCAAAAAAGCCCAAUAAAUUUGAUUUUCUUCCAUGUAAAAGGCCAGUGCUUGAGGCACGGAAUGACUUUUCCGUUUUCUUUAAAUGCUAUGAAUAAGACGCUCCAAAACAGUCUUGCUUAUGUGGGAUUCAUUUUUUUAAAAAAUUGGUAAUUUUUACAUUGAUGUGUGUAUCUUUUUCCUUGAAAUGCAAAUUAUCUUAUUGUUUGCAAGGGAGUAUCCUUCAUUUUAAACUUUUGCUGACCAA